CGGCGGAGCUUCCUGGGUCGCGCCGCGCCCGGUCUCCUCACGUCUCCUCUAGGCCUGGCAGCGGCGGUCCUCUCGGACGGAGACGGGGCCGGGCAGCGCCCAGCCGGAUCCAGCGCGGCUGCCAUCGCGCCCUGGGCUUGUGCGCCCCCCGCGAGCCAGUCUGUUCUGCGCGCCUGAGGCCUUCCCCAGGCGUGGGAAAAGGAAAAACGCCAGGCCGUGCAAGGGACCCUGCAACCCCUCGGCGGCGGGGCGGUGGCGGCCUCCUCUGUCCGGAGCCGCGGAGAGGGAAGCCAGGUCCCCCUCGUGGCUGGGAGCCGGAGGGGUGCAUUUCGACCUGCCCAAGAUACUUUCUAGGGGUCUGGCUGGAAUUCGUAUCAAGCCCUCACUGAAAUGCUGGGCGAGGCCGAUUUGUCCACGAUGUUUCUCCUUAACCUUAAGUUACUUGCAAUAGGAGCCUGUGGCCCUCGCGACUGUUAAGUGCACUCUCAGCCUUACCCUGCCGGGGAAAUGACGGUUCCUCGUAACCACACGCAUACUUUCCUUUAGAAAAGCCAGGCCCGACAGGACGCAGUGGGUCACGCUUGUAAAUCCCAGCACUUUGGGAGGCCGAGGCCGGCCCAUCACUUAAGGUCAGGAGUUCGAGACCAGCCUGACCAACAUGGAGAAACCCCGUCACUACUAAAAAUACAAAAAUUAACGGGCGUGGUGGCGCGUGCCUGUAAUCCCAGCUACUGGGGAGGCCGAAGUGGGAGAAUUGCUUGAACGCGGGAGGCUGAGGUUGCAGCGAGCCUAGAUCGCGCCACUGCACUCCAGCCUGGGCGACCAGAGCCAGACCCUGACUCAAAAAAAAGAAGGAGCCGGGCGCGGUGGCUCACGCCUGUAAUCCCAGCACUUUGGGAGGCCUAGGCGAGCGGAUCACGAGGUCAGGAGUUCCAGACCAGCCUAGUUAAUAUGGUGAACCACUGUCUCUACUAAAAAUACAAAAAUUAGCCGGGCGUGGUGGCGCGCGCCUAUAGUCCCAACUACUCGGGAGGCUGAGGCAGAACAGUCGCUUGAACCCGGGAGACAGAGGUUGCAGUGAGCCGAGAUCGCUCCACUGCACUACAGCCUGGCCGACAGAGCCUCUCAAAAAAAAAAAAGAAAAGCCAUCCAAAAGUGAGAAGGAAAAACAAAGUUGGUGUAACUGGCUGCUUCGGAAAACUGUCAUCCGGAUAACGGGCUAUCUAACCCUAUAAUUACGAGAAAGGCUCGAGUUUUAAGAAAUGAGUUCGAAAAUGAGUUGAAGAAGAGGAAGGCACUCUUCCUACAAGACAAGAAGUGGUAGCUUAUAUAUAAGACGCGUCCUUUUAAAGCGAUUGUACAGUGUGGUAGGACUAGGGUAGGAAACUGGACGGCAUGGCGACUUCUGUGUUAAAACACAGGAGAACCCUUAAUGGUAAAACCUCAAGCUUCCGGAGCAUGUCGGUGGGGAGGGACUUAACCGCGGAACCCAACAUCCCCGGGUGCCGUUUUCCAGCCGGAGUCGGGGUCAGUUAGCCUUUCCUACUGCGCAGGCUCAAUGCUACUUACCCGUAAUGGAAGCAAUGUGGCUCCUGUGUGUGGCGGCGGCGGUCGUGGCAUGGGGCUUCCUCCGGGUUUGGGACUCCUCAGAACGAGUGAAGAGUCGGGAGCAGGGAGAACGCCUGGGAGCCGAAAGCCGGACCCUCCUGGCCAUAGCGCACCCUGACGAUGAAGCCAUGUUUUUUGCUCCCACAGUGCUAGGCUUGGCCCGCCUAAGGCACUUGGUGUACCUGCUCUGCUUCUCUGCAGGAAAUUACUACAAUCAAGGAGAGACUCGUAAGAAAGAACUUUUGCAGAGCUGUGAUGUUUUGGGGAUUCCACUCUCCAGUGUAAUGAUUAUUGACAACAGGGAUUUCCCAGAUGACCCAGCUGUGCAGUGGGACACAGAGCAUGUGGCCAGCGUCCUCCUCCAGCACAUAGAAGUGAAUGGCAUCAAUCUGGUGGUGACUUUCGAUGCGGGGGGAGUAAGUGGCCACAGCAAUCACAUUGCUCUGUAUGCAGCUGUGAGGGCCCUGCACUCAGAAGGGAAGUUACCUAAAGGGUGUUCUGUGCUCACACUUCAGUCUGUGAAUGUGCUGCGCAAGUACAUCUCCCUUCUGGAUUUGCCCUUGUCUCGGCUUCAUACUCAGGAUGUCCUCUUUGUGCUCAACAGCAAAGAAGUGGCACAGGCCAAGAGAGCCAUGUCCUGCCACCGCAGCCAGCUCCUCUGGUUCCGCCGCCUCUACAUUCUCUUCUCCCGGUACAUGAGAAUCAACUCACUGAGCUUCCUCUGAAGCCUUGAAGGGUUUUCAGAUCCAAGGAACAAAGGGGAAAAUAGACAAAGGUGUGCAGGGGACCUGGCCUGGCACUGGCUUAUUUGCCUGAGCUCAAGGAGAUCCCCGCUGGAGCAGCCUCUGCAAAAGGGAGCCCAUGUAGGCCAGGGGCUGUCCAAACUCCAGCUUCUUCCCCUGGGAAAAAACCCAAAGAACCAAAAACAAACCACCCCAAGGAUAAUAAUAGCUACCCUGCUAGCUUCUCAAGUUCUUGUGAAUCACAAUUUACAUAAUGACACAGUAUAUGUGGAACACCUAGCCCAGUGCCUGGGCAGGUCCCUAUUAUCAUAAAUGAAUGUAAAAGUGCUCUAAAAACACUCCACAGAUGUGACUUUUACAUUGUUUCCAAAGUAAGGUCACCAAAAACACAUACAUAAAAUGCAACAGUGUGUGUUGAAUUGGUUCAAUCAUAAUUCAUUUGAUUUUUCUUUUAUCAGAAUGCGGGUCUAGGAAAAACUUGCCCUAUUUAACAGCACAGCUGUUGACUGAAGCAUCCAAGUACCAGUCACUGGGGUGGGCACUGUUUUAUACAGAGACGAUUACAAGGGCUCUGCCCCAAAGAGCUUACAAUCAAAUAUGUCAGCUCUCAGUCUUUUUGGAGAAGUAGGAAAUAGGAAGAUAAAUCUGAGACUUAAAAAAACACAAAAGAUUCAAGAACCCACUGUCUUAAAAUUGUCCUACAAACAAAAGCACUCUGAAAGCUCUGGCUUGGAAACUACUCUCAGAAUCCAGCUAAUGGUCCGGGGAAGUGGCCUGAGGCAGGGAAGCUCAGUGGUGAAGAGCACAGGCUGGUAGCCCUGUGAUUGAAGCCAGAAUGACCAGCUGUGUAACCAAAGGCAAGGUGCUGAACCUUUCUCUGCCUCAAUUCUCCCACCUGCAAAAUGGGAGAUAACAACGAUCCCAACCUCAGAGAACUGAACAAGAUAAUACAUGAAGGUGCAUAUCGAAGAGUCUCGCAUGCUCUGCUGGAUCACACAAAAGUUGGGAAGAGAAGGAUGUCAACUAGACUACAUCAAAAUCUGGGCAGAGGGAGGACAAAGAGCUGCCUAAAGAAACUGGUAGCUGGAGCAAACUGCAGAGAUCAAGAUGGCCCUAGUCAACGGAACCAGCAGCCCAGGGUAUAGAAGUGUGCCCAGAAUAGCCAAAUAACUUAUUUCUAAGAGAACUGAUCCUGAAGAAAAAAUUUCUAAAUUGUCAAAAAUUUAUACCAAGGAGGUUCACCACAGUGUUGUUGAUAAUCAGAAAAAAACUAGACUCAACCUAGAAGUGCAAUGAUGCAGAGACAGUGAUGGGAUAAGUAGACUAGGAAAUCGGCUGUGGGGAAGAGGGAGACUGGGGCAUGGGCACAGUAGGGAAAGACUUUUCACUGUGUAUAUAUACAUUUUCUUCUACCUUUCAAAUUUUGUACCAAGUACAAAAAAUUCCCCAAAAUAAUAAAAUUAAAGUUAAAAAUAUGUA